UUCAGUGAAAAAUGUCGAUAGUUGCAUCAGAAGAAAAUGUGUUUUUACUGGACACGGAUCAACUUUAUAAGCUUGCUUUGACAUACUUUAAGGAGAACGAAGGGAGAAAUUUCCACGUUCAGUUUGACGAGAAGUUGUCUCUUGUAGCUCUGACUCAGCAGGCAAACCAUGGAAAUAUCAUUUCAGCAAACCUUCCUCCGCUGGGAACCCUGGAUGUUAUCGGGAAACAGAGACGAGCUGCCUGGGCUCUUUUAGGAGAUCUGGAUAAAAUUGAAGCAAAACACAGAUUUAUUGAGAAACUUCUCACCAUAGUGCCAGCCUUCCAACUUUAUAUUGAUCAAAAAGCAGCUGAAGAAAAAGAAAGAAAGGAAAGCGAGGAGGAGAAGAAUGGAGAAAUGUUGGUUAAGGAGAAGGAAAAACAGGAAGCAGAAGUUAGAAAACAGAAAGAGGAAAAAGAGCGAAGAAAUAUUCAGGAUAUAUUGAACAAGCAGACGUUUAGUCAGUUUAAAGUGUACGCAGAGCAGCAGUAUCCAGAUAAUCCAGACCAGCAAGCUGUUCUUAUUAAACAGCUGCAGGAACAGCAUUUCUACCAGUACAUGCAGCAGCUUCAUCAGCAGCAGGCUGUGUCAUCCCAAGACCAAGAAUCAGAAACCUCAAACCAAGGGGAGGAAUCAAAUCACGUGACCUGCGAGCAUGCGCAUGAACCGGAAGAACACUUACUCUGUAAUCAUGCGGCGCACGAGCUCGAGGGGUUAAUGCAUGGAGAAGACAAGGUUGAUGGACUGGAGAGAUCGGAACUAGAAACCAGUCUUUCUAAUCUUCAUUUACAUCAGGAGGUCCAGGAAAUCGAAGCCGAAGAAGCCUCUAUGUGGACUAGGAAGGAUAUAAAUGAGUUUAAAGAAACUAUCUCUAGGGAGGAAGGAGAUGCCAUAAUCAAGAUUGGACACGGAGAGACAGUGACUGUCCGUGUGCCGACUCACAAGGACGGUAAGAGUCUGUACUGGGAGUUUGCCACGGACGGAUACGAUGUAGGGUUCGGUCUGUUUUUUGAGUGGGUUGAGGCGGAGGAUACUCAGGUGACCGUGCAUAUAUCUGACAGCGAGGAUGAGGAGGAGGAGGAGGAUUUCGGAAGUGAUGAUGAGGAAGUAGGGAUUGGAGGAGAAGGAUUAGAUCCUGAGUCUGGGAAGAAGUCCUAUGUAGAUAACGGACCUCCCACAACAUGCAUUGUCCCGAUAUACAGACGGGAUUGCCACGAGGAAGUAUAUGCUGGUUCCCAUAACUAUCCGGCCCAAGGAGUUUAUCUUCUCAAGUUCGAUAAUACAUUCUCCUUGUGGAGAUCUAAAACAUUAUACUAUAGGGUGUACUAUACUAGAAAUUUGUCAAAUCUUCCAUUUUCAAUGUUAAACUUAAUUUAUCUCCCAUCUCCUCCAAAACUUCUAGUUGUAAAACCAUUUUUAAAACCUAAAUUAUUUAGCAUUCUCCCAAUUCAAUAUUGUCAAAUAUUAAAUGUAUUGUACAUAAAAUUGUUCCAAGUGAACAAACAUCUUUCAAUUAUUUAUACAAAUCUUACCCUGACAAGAGUUAUCAAAUUCUAGAAAAUUUAUAAAAUUUCGAGAGAAAAAGAAAAAAACUACUAGGAUGUUGACAGUAUGUAAAGUUUUGUAUUAUAAUUAUGUUAU